AUGUUUCACAGCUGCCAAAUAAUCGAAUGGAGUGUUCCCGUUCCCGAAUUUGUGACGGAAUUUGAGCAGAACAUGCACGCGGUGAUCAUCUAUGAGAACGAGGCGCUCUAUGGAAAAACAAUGAGCCAAAUGAACGAGUUGCUAGUUUUUGUGCGAGUGAUUGGAGUGACCGCAAAACUUUUGGAUGCAAAAAAUCUGAGGGAAAGUGAGAUU